AAAUACUCAAAAAGAAUUAUGCAGUGAUAAUUUAUGAAGAGAUGAAGAAUAAUAAGAAUUAUAAAAAUGAAGAAAAGUCUAUGUGAUGUAAGGUGAUAUAGAAAAUAAAGGUGUUCAUAAAAUUAUUGUUGAUAUUUCCCUAAAAACAAAUAUUUCUCAAAUAAUGAAAAAAGUAACUUUUUUAGUAUUUUAAGAAUGAGAUAAUG